UGAUCGGGUGAAGUCCUUCGUCGCGCCGUCGAUCGCUGGAACGCAGGCCAUGCCGCCAUCUCCGGCUUUGGCCGUGGAAGAGCCUAACGCUAGUCCUCCACCGUCUUAUUACGCUUCAAUGGCCGACCCACCUCCACCCUACGAAGAGACGGAUUCAAACUCAGUCUCCUUGAUGCCAAUCAACAGAACUUCUGGUGUUAUAAUCCAUCAGCCUACAUUUGUCAGUGUGAGACAACAACAACAACAACAACAACAACAACAACAGGUGAUGGUGGCAUCUCAGCCGGGAUCCUCGCAAACAGACUCCAUGGACGGUCUGGUCAAUACGCCUGGUUCCGUACGAUGCCCACAUUGUCGCAACGACGUCACCACGAAAGUCAAACCAAGACCGGGAAGAAGGGCCUAUACCUUGUGCUGCGUCCUCACCUUUUCCGGAUUGGUUUGUGGUUUCUGUCUGAUUCCGUUUAUGAUAGGAGACUUCUGGAACGUCCACCACUACUGUCCACAAUGUGGAAAACAACUAUACGUCUACCACAAAUCUUAACCACGAGGAUGUGCUUUAUCGUCACUUUUAUGGAACUUUUAUUUAUUUUGCAAACAAACAGUGCAGCAAUU